AUGGCAACCCUGAGUGCUUCUGUGCAUGUUCUUUUCUGAAAGUACUCCAAAUCAGCAGCUGAAAGAAAAUGUUAGGAGAGAAGGAACUUCGAAAGUGAUAUGGUGAGUCUCAAAAUGGACAAGUUGGAAAGGGCUUCUGGAAUCAGGAGUAAUACCUUGUUUAGGUCUCAGCAAACAGCAACCACACCUCUGGGGCAACUGGCCCCAGCCCCUUCUGUGUACCAGAACCUGAGUUUCCUUAAGGACCAUGACCAAAUGGGUAAGAGAAAGGAGCAGAAGCCACUGCCAAACUAUAUGUCUCUAUUCUCAAGCAAAGUUCCCAACUCAACCAACCAAACUACUGGCAGUCAAAUGAACACUGAGCUUGGCAGGGCUCUGGUAGAUAAAUUCUUCAGCAGUGGUACAGGAAAGAGGAAACUUGAGGGUGAGCUCCAGAUUUCUUAG